AUGGGUUUUUUUAUGGAAGCAAUAUCGGAAGCCAGUGAAGCCAAAGUCAGAAAAUGGAUAGAUCAACGUUACAAGCUCACUUUCUUGAUGGUUUUCGUUCCAGUUGCUUAUUUAGCAUUCAUGGCAAGUCCGGAAUAUGCUGUGCCGACGAGAAUGAGUGAAUCUGCAACGUUAGUGGCUAUUGCAAACGACGAUUUUAAUGGAUUCAAUAAAUUGACUCAAUUUUCCAAAGAUAUUCAAGCGUUCCAAGGCUCUAGGUAAGGGUUUUGGUUACAUUUGUUUGAGUUUAGGUAACAGUUUUGAAGUGUUAGCUUUUUUUGAAAGCUUAAGUUGUUAGUAUGUUAAAGAAAAAAGUUUGGACACGUUUCCUGAUGUGUGUUUGAAAUAAGAGUGAUUUAAUCUUAUGGCACACAGCAAGUAUAAUAUUGUAAAAAAGCUUUGUUACCUUUAGCUAAAGUAGUUUUUCAAAAUUUAUUUUAAAGAAUAAGAUGACUUUUUGCUAGCAACAUAGUUUUUUCAUGUUUAUAGUUAUUGUUUGAUGUUAAAGCUUUGCAACUAUUCAUCUAGUGUAACAUAAGUAAUUAAGCUAAAAUUUAUUAUUCUUUUUAUUUUAGUUCAUGAUUAUAAUUGUUAUUUAGAAAUUUGACAAGUAAAUACAUUCAAAAAACCUUCAAAGAGAAUGAAAUCGAAGUGUACGAGCAAAAUUUCUACAACAAGAUAACAGUAAGUCUACUAUCACACAAAUGUAUCUCUUUUUAGAAAAAGACGGGUAUAAACACAUUUUCUGUGAUAAGAGCGUACAGAUCAGUACCAGAAGAAGCUAUUUUAGUCGUUGUUCAAAAUUCAAAGAAACAAACGCAUGCCGUAUCAGUUGCUUUGGCUUAUGCCCUUUAUGCCAGAAGUAAGUGGUACAUAAAUUAAUUUUUUGUAAUUGUUUGACAAACUAACUGGUAUUUUUUGUUGUUUUAUGAGUUGAUAUUGAAUGUUGAAAGUUUUUAAGUUUAUUUUGCUUUUUUCAGCCAAACAUUAUUGGGCACGAGACCUAAUCUUCUUGUUUGUGGAUGGUCGUGAACCUUUAACUGGAGUAAAAUCAUUCUUAGCCGCUUAUAAUGGAGAAUCUCUAUCCAUGGUUGAUUUUGCUUCUCUAGAAACUAAUUCAGGAUUUCUUAUUGGAGGUAUUUGCUUAGAUAUCAGUACCAAACUGUUCACUCACAUGUUGGUACAGUACGUUGGAGUUAAUGGAAUACUGCCAAAUUUGGAUACAAUCAACUCGGUUAAUCGCAUGGGUGGCAAAUAUGGCAUUAGAACGAUUUUUAGACCACAAGAAAUUGGAGGAAAGGAUAAACAUAUUAGGAACGUGGAGAAUUUGUUUAGAGGAGUGUUUGCUCAGGUAAACACGGUAUUGCUAUAAGUAAUCAUUUUUUAAAAUUUUUUAAGUUCAAAGCAUCUUAAAGUAAAAAAUGUUGAAUUAAGCAAUAUUAAGGUAAUUUAGUUUUAAAAAUUUUGUGAUUUCUUCAUUUUCAGGCCUUUAACGAACUAGAAGGCCUCCACUCAAUCCUGAAUCAAUAUGGAAUUCAUUCAGUCACUUUGAAGCCAUACAACUCUGGAAAUCGUUACCGACAAAUUGAUAUAAAGCACACUAUGCCACAAAUCACAGAAGGCAUCGUACGAAGUUUAAAUAAUAUUUUGGAACGAUUCCAUCAAAGUUACUUCUUCUACUUACUAUUGUCAAGUCAGCAUUUCUUGUCAAUCGCCUUCUUUUCACCAGCCAUUGGCAUGUUUUUGUUCGUUUUGGUACUGCAUCAGUUUAGUGGAUGGUAAGGCUGUUAUUUUACUUUGAAAAUUUGUUUUUAGACUUAUUUUUUGUUACAUUAUUGAUAUUAGUAGCUGAUAUUAACAGCAUUCUUUCAGGCUAGACACCAAAAAGUUUGUCAUCCCAGGAGAGUGGAUUUGUAUAUACAUGUUCAGUGGCCUAUCUUACUUUGCACAUUGCCUGUUGGUAUCAGACAGUGAAGUCGUGAACAAUUUUAUCAAGUUUUGUCAUUCAUAUGGAGUAGAUGAAGACUUUCAUUAUGCGACAAUCUUUAUAGCAACCAAUUUGAUGUUACCUGUGAUUGUCACUAGAAAAAUGUAUGUAUUGCGAAAAAUAUUAGGGUAAUUUUUAUAUUUUAAGUAGGCUAUUAUGUCUUUGAUGUUGAUAAUGGGAAUUUUUGGUCGAAAAACUGGACUAUUUGAUCUUUUUCAGAUAUUUAAACGCAUGAAAAUCUAAUAUUUAAUAAAAAACUUGAUGAUAAGCUUAAAAUUGAGUCUGACUUGCCAAAAUUUAUCUAAAACAUAAAAAAUUUUGCUAAAAAGCGCAAAAAAGUAAUAACGUUUCACGUUCGAAAAGCUUUUCCAGAAAGAAAAAACAUUUUGAGAAAAAUAAGAGAGGAAGAUGGUGUGCCCGGUUAGCUCAGUCGGUAGAGCACCAGACUCUUAAUCUGGCUGUCGCGGGUUCGAGCCCCGCAUCGGGCUAAGGCUCUUUUUGCUUUAUUUUUGUAAAAACAAAUGUGGGAAAAGGUAAAAUAGGGGUGGAUAAUAUUGUAGAAAUGAUUUUUGUAGUGUAAAUGGGUAAUGUCUUUGUUUAUUUUUUGAUUUAUUUAUGUUUUACAUGUACGUUUUUCAAAAAAAAGUUGGAUUUUCGGCGAAAAACAUUGAAAUAGUGCCGUUUUUAAAGUCUUUGUGCUAUUGUUUUGGGGUAUAUUGUAUCAUAUUUACAGAAAAACACAUUCCGAACAUGCUACAACUCGAUUUCUGCAUUUGACGAUAGCAUUGAAUGUGAUCUUAUGUACAGGACUGCUCAACUUCUCACUUACAUUGUACUGGUGCAUUUAUAUUUGUAUUGCUCUACUCGGCAGUAAAUUAUUGUAAGUUUUUGUUGCUGUGUAUGGUCAAAGGGUUAAACUAACUAAAGGAUUUUAGGUUUCAAAUUAUUAACUUAAAAAUUGAUGUUUUUGAAAUUUAUUUUGUAUUUUAGAAAGUGGAAUAACAUUAUUACCAGGACGAUUUUUUCAAUUGUCUUUUCACCGAUCGUAUUUUAUGCAGCCACAAUUAUGGUGGCCAAGGAGUAUGACUAUUGGCCAAAUGAAGUGGCUGUGAAACAACUGGAUCAAGGUAGGUUAUAGCCUAUUUUAAAGCUAAAAACGUAAACUUUUAAUUUUAUACAGUGGAAAUGCUGUAUUUUUCUCAAAAUCUACUAUGAUAAGCUAUAUUUUGUAAUUUUUAAAGUUUUUUUGCAUUUUUUCAAAAUUUUUAAAUUAAAAAAAAUUAUCUUAAGGUCUGGACCUGAAAAAUGUAUUGAUAGCCGUGUACAAAGAGGGCGAACGCCAUCUUAUAAACCAUGUCCAAUUCAACUCUAUGAACUUUUUGGUGUUUGCUCUGUUCAUUCAGCCAACCCACCUCGUUCUAACCUCGCUGCUGGGCAAAGAACCCGCUGUAGCUGAUGAGCAACAUAAAAAAACGGAAUAA